GUGGGAAUUUCAAGAUUGCGACAGGCAAGUCACUGAAUUAUGAAAGAAAUCCCUUUUUUAACUGUUCAUUCUGGAUAGACGACGGUAUACAUGAAGGAGGCCCUUUCAUCUAUGAACUUACCGUUGAAAAUAACAAUGAAGCGCCGUAUUUUUCAAACAUAAUGUAUCACGUGAGCACGCCGGAAGGUGCGAAAGGCGCCACAACUUUCGACGCUUCGUUUGACUGCAAAGAUGACGACACCGGUGAUUCGAUCACUUACGACUUCCGGGCCAUCAACAAUAGCGACCGGUUUCAUGUACUGCCGAGUGGUCUUAUCGAAUUCAAUGUCGAUUAUGACGUCGAUAAUGCAUAUCCGACCGAGGAGGUUUUGACGGUGUAUUGUAUUGAUUCCGGCCACAUUGACGGAAACCCUCUGACAGGUUCGGCACAAGUUACUAUAACCGUGACUGAUGUAAAUGAUAAUGAGCCGGUGUUUUCGUCCUCAUCUUACACGUUCGUAGUUACUGACACAACCACACCCGGAACUGCUAUAGGUGUUAUGGCAGUUACGGAUGCUGAUAGUACAACUAACGGUUACGUCCGGUGUUCAGCAAGUUCGGGCUCCACUUACAGCACCUAUUUUGCCAUUGGCGCCAAUUGUAACGUGUACAGUACAAGACAAGUGGACUUUGCAGCUGGUACUCAAACUCAGUAUAUUGUCACAGCGAUUGACGACGGAAAUCCGCAACUAACCGGAACAUCUACAGUUGCCAUCAUUUACCAGCAGACACCGACAACCACCACAACGCCCGCUCCAACUACCACGCCAUACAACUUUUUUGACCAUGCUGGUAAUAUUGUAUUGUUUGUAUUUUGUCUCUUAAUGGCGCUGGCUUUACUUGGAUUGCUCACAUGGUGUCUGAUGCAGUUUUGUUGCCCAGGGAUGUGCAAUUGCUUUGGGCGCGGAGGAAGAUCCCGGAGAUAUCCAGAUAGACGGAGAGAUGAUUAUAAUAAAGAUAGAAGAAGAGAUGAUUAUAAAGAUAAUAGAAGAAGGGAUUCGGACGAAUAUGAUUCUCCAAAACGUAAGUUUACCGUCAGAGUUUUAUAUAUAGUGAUUUGAGGUUGCUUUUGAAAAGCUUUUUAAUUGCAUAAAAACAUUUUAUUGUUAGUGCACGGCUUUAGAUUAAUUGUAUUUUAUUUAUUUAUUUGUAUUCUAUUAUUUUAUUUUUUUGCUCUCUUAAAAUUUGUGGUCUUGUUCGUUAAUAACCUUAAAAAAGCAGGUAAGUAUAGACGAGCGUUUCUGAGUAUGAGAUGUUUUGAGUACGAGAAUUAAAGUAAAGAAGUAAAUGGACAUUAAAUUCUAAUUUUAAAAUGGCGCGUAAUUUGUGAAGUCGCAUUAUAAUGGUUUAUUUUUACUUUUAGAUUAUUUGUUAAAAGUUGGCCAUAAGUCCAUUGCGCAAUUCAAUGAUUUAAUGGGAUCCUAGACUCAUUCGUGUAUUUUUAAGCUAUUUUUUAAAUCAAUUUUACUUUUUUUUUCUGAUAAAAUGUUUUCUCUUCUCAACAUAUAGAUCCCAUUGCGUUAGAAUUUAUUUAUUGAUUUAUGGCUUAUUGUUUGUUGUUGAAAAUUAUGCAGGCUUCAGAUAUCUUAGGAGGCUAAUAUAAUUAAUGGCGAUACAUGGAAAUUUGUGUUGACAGAAUGACGGUGCUAUGCCGAGUGUUCGAAUGCCUCCAUAUUUACAGAAACAUAGAAAUAUGCUUGGCUAUUAGAAAAAAAAGCAGUUUUUAUAUAAUUUAUAUUUAUUUAGCAAGUAAGAAUAUACUGAAAUUAGUCGAGUUGUCCAUAAUGCAUGCGGUGUAUUGCUACUUUAUGUUAUAAAUGUAAUAUUUACGUAUGGUAUAUAAGGCGAUAUGUAAAAAAACUUAAUUAACCAUUCAUGAUUUCGUUAAAGACAGGCAAAAGAAUUAUACAAAUCACUUGACUUUUCGUGUUUAUUUUUAGAUUUUGUAAGCGCUGCGGUGAUAAGGAGCAAUCCAAAAUAUUUUUUUCAUUUAACCACUUUUCAAUUGAAUAGUUUAAUUAUACAGAAAGUGUCGAAAUUUGCCGAAUGUU